GCCAUGCCUAGCAUUGCUCUGCGCGCAUGUAUGCAUGCUGUUCAUUGUUAAGAUUGUUUGUGUUCGCGCACACGCUGCCCCAUGUCGCCUUGGCAGCUCUGUUGACUGUGUGUGCACUUGUCGAGUGUUUGUUUGAGCGUGCUGCCCGAGUUGAUUUGGCAGCAGCUUGUUGUGCUUUGUUCAUUCUCCUUGUGUUCUUGUUUGUUGCGUUUGCCUACAGUAAACACACACACCACCUGUCGUGUCUCAACAGUUUUUCCGUUUGCAAACAUUCCUUCCUCUCUGCUGGCAUGUGUGCCAACUGCCUCUCCUCUCCUCCUUCCCCUACACACGUGAGUUGUGUGCCAUGUGUGUGUGCAUGCCCGUCAUGCUUGACGGAUGCCAUGUGUGCGUGCCAUGCAGUCUUGUGAAGUGUUGUCUGUUGUGUAUGCUUGCCUGCAAGCAUUCAUGCC